AUGUCUUUGUCUGCCACUCUUCUUGUUGCUCAGACUCUUCUGCUCCUCAUUCAUCUGCCCACGGGAUUACUGUGUCAGGCACUUGCCAUCACUCUGCACUUCUCCUGGCUUUGCUCCUUUAUGUGGAUGACAGUCUUGUCGAUAACACUGGCUCGUACAUUCACCAGCAAAGGCCUUAACUCCUUGAACCAGGAUACGGCAAGGACUCAUGGCUUCCUCAGCCUCUGUGCCAGUGGAAUCCCUUUGAUUAUUGUCACUACAUCGGCUCUUCUGGAUUUCUUGGAGAUUCCCAAUAUUUACAUUGGAUAUGGGGCACAAGGCAUCUGCUGGAUCGCUAAUCCUCGAGCAUCUCUCCUGGUGUUUGGUGUACCUCUUGCACUGAUGCUUCUUGUUAACAUUAUUGCAUUCAUCAUGACUCUGUGUAAUAUAGAGAAGAGUCUGAAAUUGUCCGAAAACAUCACAUCUUCAAAGAAGGACAAAGCCAAGGUAUUCAUCUAUGGCAAGUUAUUCGUCAUUAUGGGUGUGUCCUGGUGUACCAGUUUUGGUGCAGCAUUUGCGGACGUCAGUAUUCUCUGGUACAUGUUCAUCAUCCUGAACGGUCUUCAGGGUUUCUAUAUCUUUGUAAGCUUCGUCUGUACAGACAGGGUUAAGAGAUUACUCCUGAAGAAAUUCACAGGUACUAGUGCAGAGAUUAGGACCACUUCAGCUGUUACCGCUAAUACUGAGGUUAAAUCACAGAAAAGUGACAAAACCAGUAUCUGA